CCCCCAUCCGCCCCGCCAUCCCCGGAUCCGGUCCUGUGUUGUCUCCAUACGAGUACCAAUAACGGCCUACCUGGGCAGCUCGCUACCGUGUACAUUGCCCUGCUUGUCACGCGGGCUUGGGGUUAUAUAAGAGGGCGCUCUCCGCCUCGUGUCUGUGUCCGCGGCCUCCCGACGGCCGAUAGACCACUACAUCUACAUAUAAAGCCAGCUUUUCCCUCCUCUUUUCUCUUGUGUUGACUUGACUUGAAACAUCUCGCAUGAAUCUUAGAAUGCGUUGUACAGGCUCGUGUUGCUCAUCACCACAGGAUAGCACUAUGGCGAAGCAAAUCGACGUUGAGGAUGUGCUAAAGAAGCUCACACUUGUUGAGAAGGUUGAGCUACUGUCGGGCAUCGACUUCUGGCACACCAGGCCAGUCCACAGACUGGGCGUCCCGUCGGUGCGGCUGUCUGACGGGCCCAAUGGCGUGCGCGGCACCAAGUUCUUCAACAGCGUCAAGGCGGCCUGCUUCCCGUGCGGCACCGCCAUGGGCGCCACCUUCAACCUGGCGCUGCUGGAGGAGGCCGGCAAGACCAUGGGGGCCGACGCCAAGACCAAGAGCGCGCACGCCAUCCUGGGGCCGACCAUCAACAUCCAGCGCUCGCCCCUGGGCGGCCGCGGGUUCGAGUCGCUCAGCGAGGACCCGGUCGUGACCGGGCUCGGGGCGGCGGCGCUGAUCCGCGGCAUCCAGAGCACGGGGGUGCAGGCGACGGUCAAGCACUUUGUGUGCAACGACCAGGAGCACCGCCGCAACGCCUGCCAGAGCAUCCUGACGGACCGGGCCCUGCGCGAGAUCUACGCGCUCGCCUUCCAGCUGGCCGUGCGCGACGGGCAACCCGCCGCCAUCAUGACGGGCUACAACGGUGUCAACGGCACCUACUGCAGCGAGAGCGACGAGCUCCUGGGGAAGCUGCUGCGCGGCGAGUGGGGCUGGGAUGGCCUCGUCAUGAGCGACUGGUACGGCACCUACAGCACCACCGACGCGGCCGUCGCCGGGCUCGACCUCGAGAUGCCGGGCCCGUCAAAGUUCCGCGGCGAGCUGCUCAAGUUCAACGUGCAGACGGACAAGGUGCGCCGGCACGUCCUGGACGAGCGCGUGCGCGCCGUGCUCAAGUUCGUCAACAGGUGCGCCGCCGCGGGCGUCGAGGAGAACGGGCCCGAGACCACGGCCCUCGACACACCCGAGACGGCCGCGUUCCUGCGCCGCAUCGGCAACGAGUCGCUGGUGCUGCUCAAGAACGACGGCGGCGUGCUGCCGCUGAAGAGGGACAAGAAGACGGUCGUCAUCGGGCCCAACGCAAAGGUGGCGACCUACCACGGCGGCGGCUCCGCCUCGCUCGCGGCCUUUUACGCCGUCACCCCCUGGGACGGCAUUAAGGCCAAGCUCGAGAGCGAGCCGGGCUACGCCAUCGGGUCGUACUCGCACAAGAUGCUGCCGCUGCUGGGCAUGGCCACCGUCACGGACAAGGGCGAGCUCGGCAUGACGAUGCGCGUCUACAACGAGCCGCCCACGUCGUCGCACCGCGAGAUGACGGACGAGUACGUCUUCACCAAGACCGAAUUUUUCUUUAUCGACUACUACAACAAGAAGCUGCGGUCCAACCUGUGGUACGCCGACUUUGAGGGCUUCAUGGUGCCCGAGGCCGACGAGGAGUGGGAGUUUGGCAUUGUCGUGCAUGGCACCGCCAACCUGUAUAUCAACGACGAGCUCGUCGUCGACAACACCACCCACCAGCGCCAGGGCACCGCCUUCUUCGGAAGCGGCACCAUGGAGGAGAAGGGCAGGUACAAACUGUCCAAGGGCCAAAAGUACCACGUCAAGAUCCAGUUCGGCAGCGCCCCGACCUCCGAGCUCGCCAACGAAAGCGGCCUGCCCGGCCAGGGCGCGAUGCGCUUGGGCGGCUGCAGGGUCAUUGACGUCGCCUCGGAGAUCCGGCGGGCGGCCGAGCUGGCCAGGGGCGCGGACCAGGUCAUCGUGUGCGCGGGCCUCAACGCCGACUGGGAGGGCGAGGGCCAGGACCGGGCGGGCAUGGACCUGCCGCCGCCCAUGGACGACCUCAUCGCCGCCGUGGCGGCCGCCAACCCGCGCACCGUGGUGGUGAUGCAGUCGGGCACGCCCGUGCACAUGCCCUGGGUCCGCGACGUGGCGGCCCUCGUGCAGGCCUGGUACGGCGGCAACGAGACGGGCAACGUCAUCGCCGACGUGCUCUUCGGCGACGCCAACCCGAGCGGCAAGCUGCCCCUGUCCUUCCCCGUCCGCUGCCGCGACAACCCGGCCUUCCUCAACUACCGCACCGAGGGCGCCCGCGUGCUGUACGGCGAGGACGUCUACGUCGGCUACCGCUACUACGAGUUCGCCGACCGCGACGUGCUCUUCCCCUUUGGCCACGGCCUUAGCUACACCACCUUUGCGCUCAGCGGGCUCGAGGUGCGCGCCGACGAGGGUGGCCACCGCGUCGACGUCGAGGUCAACGUGGCCAACACUGGCGCCGUGGCCGGCGCCCAGGUCGUGCAGGUCUACGUGGCGCCCAAGCAGGCGGCCAGGGUCAACCGGCCGCUCAAGGAGCUCAAGGGCUUCGCAAAGGCGCGCCUGGCGCCGGGCGAGACGAGGCGCGUGGCCGUCGAGCUGGACGUCCGGUACGCGGCCAGCUACUGGGACGAGGACCGGGGCCAGUGGUGUGCCGAGAAGGGCGAGUACGAGGUCAUCGUCAGCGACAGCAGCGCCGCCGAGGAGGGCAGGACGCUCAGGGGGUCGUUCAAGAUCCCCGAGACGUUCUGGUGGAGCGGACUGUAAGCUCGGGGGCUCUCUUGGAGCGGUUAGGCUCCUUGCGUGUAUUGUUAGCAUGAAAAGCGCAAUGAGCAUGGCAUUGUUUGAUAUCCCCG